AGGGAGGGGGGAGUUAGAGGAACAGACACCGGGAAAAGAGUCAGAGCUGCUGGAGAGACAUUUCUCCAAAACCUCUCGGAACUGAAGACUUGUGAAAAUCCUGGAGCAAUUUUAGCGGCAGAGACCCUGAAGGCACCAUGGCUGCGCUGCGGAGCUGGGUGGCCAACGAGGGAGCGAAGCACUUGGUGCUGAUGCUGUGGCUGGGAGCAAACACCUGGCUUUUCCUCAAUACCUUCCAGCUGUAUGCCACAGGGCAGGAGUACCAUUACCUCUACAGGAUGCUGGGGGUCGGACUGUGCAUCAGCCGAGCGUCUGCCUCUGUGCUGAACCUGAACUGCAGCUUGGUGCUGCUGCCCAUGUGCCGCUCUCUGCUCACCUUCAUACGAGGAGCACACGUGGUAUCAAGCAGAAAGACACGGAGGCUGCUGGAUAAGAGUAAGACCUUUCAUGUGGCAUGUGGCGUAGCCGUCUGCCUCUUCUCAGUUGUGCACGUUUCAGCCCACCUGGUAAAUGCGGUCAACUUCAGUGUGAGCUACUCAGACGACUUUCCUGCUCUGAACUUUGCUCGCUACAAAGGAGAGGACCCCAAGAGGAUAAUUUUAACAACAAUUCCAGGAGUUACUGGUGUCCUGCUGGUCCUUAUCCUUCUCCUGAUGUUCAUAUCUUCCUCCUACUGCGUUCGGGUCUCGAACUAUGAGAUCUUCUGGUACACACACAACCUCUUCAUCGUGUUCUACAUCAUCUUGAUGGUGCACAUGCUCGGUGGAGCUCUGAAGUAUCAGACCAACGUGGAGGCCCACCCACCUGGCUGCCUCAGACUCAAUCAGAGCAGCACGGAGCAGCAAGUUGAUGAUCUGGACCUGCUAGAAGAUGAUGAUAGGAGAUGUAGUGAGGACGCGCACUUUGAACCACACUGCCCUCAGACUUGGCUCUGGGUGUCGGGUCCACUCUGUCUCUACUGUGUGGAGCGGUUUUACCGCUACAUCCGAAGCAGCUCCCCUGUUACCAUAGUGGCCGUUACCAGGCAUCCUUGUAAUGUCAUCGAGUUGCGCAUGUUCAAGAAGAACUUCAAAGCCCGUCCUGGACAAUAUAUUGUUCUUAACUGUCCAAGUGUGUCUUCAUUUGAGAACCACCCCUUCACCCUGACAAAGUGCCCAACGGUGAACAAGGAGACUUUCGGCAUCCAUCUGCGAGUCGUGGGAGACUGGACUGAGCGCUUCACGCAGCUGCUACUUCCUGGGCCAAGGAAGGACUUGGAGAUUCUUCCCAUAGUCCAACAGAGGACAUACCCCAAGCUUUACAUUGAUGGUCCAUUUGGAGGUCCAUCUGAGGAGGUCUUCAAUUACGACGUCAGCCUUUGUGUCGCUGGAGGAAUUGGUGUCACGCCGUUUGCCUGCGUACUCCAUGCUCUGCUUGAUGGCUGGAGGGGCUUCAGGUUACAGAGGCUUUACUUUGUGUGGGUCUGCAGAGAGCUUCAGUCAUUCUACUGGUUUGCAGAGCUGCUAUGUGCCCUUCAUCAAAAGCUAUGGCAAGAGAACAGGCCGGAUUACUUUAACUUGAAACUGUAUGUCAGUCAGACAGACAACAUGCAGAGCAUGUCUGAAGAGCGGUUCGGCCCACUUGCCUCGAGGUUGCAGGUUGGUCGACCCAGGUGGAAGCUUCUUCUUGAUGAAAUUGGAAAAAGCAACAAACACAAGCGAGUUGGUGUUUUCUGUUGCGGACCAAAAGGCAUCUCCAGGACUCUCCACAGGCUGUGCAACUCAGCCCGAUCAUGUGGGACAACCUUUGAAUUCAACAAAGAGUCAUUCAGCUGAUUGAACUUUAUGGCCAGAUGGAGUGAAUGAAUAGAUUUUCAUUCAUUUUAGGGCUGAAACUCUUUAUCUGCAGUAAACCUCUCAAUACCUCAGGGAUCCUUUCCUGUCAGGAGUCGUUUGGCAUUGAGGAGAUGGUCCAAAAACUCAAAUAUCAUCCUGACAUCCAGCUGAACGGCCUUAUAGCUGCCUCAGGUUCAGCAUGUGAUUGUGUCAACAUGAAGAAACUGCUUCAUGCUCAGAGUGCCUGUUCUUAAUCCUCUGUUCUUUUCAAGCUUUGACUUAAUUCCUCUGUUUCCUCUGCGCAGCAUCUUUGUUUCCUCAUUCUGGAUUUUAAUGUGAGAAAGAAAAAACUGCAAUAUAUCAAGGCAGAGGAAAUCCAUUCUUCUAAGGCCAAAACAUGAUUUAGUGCAAUCACUCAGGGAGGAUACAUGCUGUUUCUUUUGUAUUCCAAACGUAAGGUUUAGCAGCAAGUGUUCCUGUGUGUAAAUACUUUAGAAAUAUGAGGUAGUUAAGUUUCCCAAGUUCUUACCAAAUACAUUGAUGUUUUUUUGUGUGUGUUCAAAAAAUAUGGAGGAGCUGAUGUGAGUGAUGUUAGAAGUAGCAAUAGUCCAAAACAAAAGGCAUGGUAAGGGGUCAGAGAGGAUCAAACUCAGGACGGAUGGAGCUUUAUGGGACUACUGUAGGAGCUGUUAGUCUAACUUAAUUUAUUGUUUCAUUUACCAAAGGCUGGUAUCCACAAGGUUUUACCAACUUCUUACUGUAAUCAUAUUACUUUGAGACUUUGUUCUCCUCAGGAUGAAAGUUUUUAUCGUUAGUUUUGCAUAAUCCAGUAUAUCAUGUCACCAGAAGCAUUGGGACUCUUCUUUUAAUGUUUGCUUAAACAAGAUAGGAGAUAUUCAGUUGUUACAGUAAAAAAUAUUUUGCAUCUUAGCAAUUUUAUUGUCACACUUGAAGCUGAGUUAAAUCAAUAUGCAUUUUCUGAAUGGCACCUUAAACAGACUGUACAUACCCGAACAGUAAUUCAGAAUAACUGACAGCAUUUGUUUUAUCACUGAGGGGAUUUGAACUUUUUAACUGGGAUUGCUUUUUUUUUUCUCUGCCAUAAAUGAAUGUCUUGUUUGAAAACAUGUUUUUAUCUUUAUUAAAUUGU